AUGCCGCGGACCAAGAAAAUCGCCCGCACGGCACCGAGCUCGGAGCUUGGCGAGGGCAACUGGGCCAUCGACUUCAACCAGAACGGCAGAGCGGUGCGCAAGUGCAGGACCCAGGCCAGAGCCUCUCCCUUCCAGGACUCCGCCGUGGCCAUCAGCGACCCCGAAGACGAUGACUUGGACGACGACGACGACGCCGACGAGGUCGUCAAGGUGGCCUCCUCGCGGAAGAGGAAGCGCUCGCCCUCGCCCGAUCUCCCUCUGCCAUCCGACGUUCCCCACCUGCGCUCACACUCGGAUUCCGACUCCUCAGACACGGAGCAUACGGAGACGCCAACACCUGCACUGGCCGGCCAUACCACCCUCCACCUCACCGUCAACAUUCCCCUCGGCCACCAAGGUCCCAUCACCCUGCAUCUCGACCCCAACAACUUUCCCACCUCCUACCGGACCCCGUCCUUCGCCAAACCCGAUCGCCUCACCCAGGCAACCCUGGCUCGUCUCACCGCCCGCUCCAAGUCCAGAAGCAGCACGCGCGCCGGAUUCCUGGACCUACCCGCGGAGCUGCGCAACGACAUCUACCGCAUGGUCUUUGUGGGCGAGAGGAAGGUCAACUUCUCCAAUCCCGAUAACUUUAGCCGGACUGCUGCUCUGCUCCGAAGUUGCAGACAGGUCUACGAAGAGGGUGAGUGGUCCGUCCCCGUGUGGACUGCCCACGGAAUGGCGAGCUGACGACAUGACCAGGCCGCAGCAUCCUGUACUCGGAGAACACCUUUGCCAUCGAGCGACGCACACAGCGAUACGGCUCUCUGUGGGAGAACGAAUGGCGCGAGCUCGGCUACCUCGCCGCUCGCAAGUUCAUGAAGACCAUCGGUCCCACCAAUCUCGCGCUCAUCCGCCACGUCUCCAUGAUGCUCGAGGAUGCCGUGCCAUGUCUGAAUCCCACCAUGGAGACCAACGAGGAGCGCCGCUUCGUCUACGACAACGAUCUCAUCUCCGUCCUCCGUCAUCUCGGCAACCACGGCCAGCUCCAGACCCUGGACCUGCACUUCCACGGCCGGAGGCGAGUCGCCCGCACCGAUGACCGCUUCUUGGACUACAUGAAGCGCAUCAAGGCCGAUGCCGUCCACUUCCUGGCUUGGCCUCCGGGCGCCACCUGGACUCGCGAGAGCAAGGAGGAAGACGCCGUGCGAUCGAUGCUGCUCUCGGCGUGCACGCGGCGGAGGAAGAAGUUUGACUGA